AUGGCCAAUAAUCGAGCGUCGUCUUCAAACGCCCCCGCAGAUAACACAGGCAGCAACUCGUACAAUGAGUCCACCAGCGAGAGUCAUGCCGCCAACAUUAUCGAGGCUACCGUGGGAAUUGGAUUUUGGAAUCAGCAGGAGGAGCUACCUAGGGAGCAAUCAUUAGACGAUGAUUUUCCCACCCCGGGGACAAACCUUAGCAAGUGUUCGGAUUGUGACCAUGAACGACGCCCUGGCGGUAGACAGCAUUACAGUUAUUGCCUCCUUCUAUUUGUCUGCCCAGGAAACGAGACAUCUUCAUCGGAUAAUAGACCAGAGUCUCCCGAAUUAGAAGAAAAGCGGCUCUAUACACAAACGAUCUUACCGGAUGCAAUGGUAGAUCGAUAUCCAUCCACCGCCGGUAUAGACCCAAGUGUCCUCACUAUAUCAACGGCAACACCCGAACCAAGGUCAGUCUGA